AUGGCGGAGCGACGCUCGCCGAACUUCGAAACUGCGAUGGGCCGCGUGGUGUCGGCAUCUUCCAGUAUUGCCUUCGUCGCGCCCGCAACUUAUUCUCAGGAUUUCAGCCACUUCACGCAGAAUCAUCUCAAGGGCUCCAUGGGAUCCAUUGACGAUAUCCACGAACAGGUCCUUGGCCUCGUUGAUAUCCGCCAAAUUCUGGGGAAUUUACAGAGUGCAGUGCAGAGGAUGGAGAUGUGCUUGUCUCAUCAGAUGGUGGCCGUCGAAGACGUCCGAUUUGCGCUUGGGCUGGGCACACGCACCGCUGAUCCCAAAAUGUCUGGAGAAGGGCAUCAACGAAUGGGCUCCAAGUCUAGCUUGAAACGCGGAGGCUCCGACGGUGCCUCCGGGCAGUCCAGAGAGCCAAUCCAGGUUCAGGCUCCGGAGAUAGCCAAGGAACCUUCCGAAGACAUGCCCGCCACUCUUCCGGGCAUUCUGCACCAUUCCGCCGCGCCAGAAGUAGGUGAACAAAGCUGGGCACUCCCAGCCUAUGCCGGAUCCCGCAGCCUCGUGAUGAAGUCGAACACUCGCCGCCGCAAGUCGGACUCACUGGCAGCAGUGCGUGCAACGAAGUCCAACAUCUCUGCAACGUUCGUCACAAAAUCGAUGGCUGGCGGGAAGCAGUUCCAUCAACAUCGGCAGCAGUUCCUUCGAGACAGGAGGAGGAACUCGACACAGUAUGGGAUGAUGGACGCGCUGGAGGCUGCGACGGCCCGGCAACUCCAACUGAACACGCGACGGAAGUCGACUGCAAGGCGAUCGAUGAAAUCCUCUGAGCAGCACUUGACCUCUGUGGUCCGAGAAGCCUCGUUGGUCAAUGUAUCUCAAUCGAAAUCGGUAAAAGCGAUCAUUCCGGAUCCAGCUUCAAGACCUUCCGAGGAGGAAGACGAGGACAAGGUGGCCAAAUUCACCUCUGAAGAUGUUUUUUCGGAUAGCGGCGAAGUGGAGCCGGGGCAAGAGUCCGAUUCUCAUCCCUGGACUUCGCGGCAGCGGAUGCUGAAGCGCUGCCGGCGUGUCUCGCUGGAAGAGCUCCAGGACAACUACGAUGCAGACCGAAUGCAACAUCCACGGGUGGAGAUCAGCAGAGAUCUGGGGAGCCCCGCGUUGUCGGAAGAUGACGAGACUUUCCCCUCCGUCAGCACGGCUCUGGUCGGUUUCGCCAGGUUCCUUUUGAAUCUCGUGGGCAUUCUUGAUUUUGGAGAAGGCUUGGUAUGGCAAGUCCUAUCUGGCUUCAACAUCCUCGUCCCGAGCUUCGUAUCAGCGGGGACCGUGGCCUUGAACAUCAUCGCUGGUGAUGACUUUCGAUUGAACACGAGCAGCUCGCGCUCAUUUAGGGCACUGAGCCAUGGCAUGUGUUGGAAUGUCAGGCUUAGAUGA